AAACACAUGGUAGCCAUCUAAGAUUGUCCUACAAAAGUCUUGCUUUUUUAUUUUAAAGUUUAAACCCCCCCUAGUAACACGCCAUGCGGAUGAUGGACUUGGUCCUCCUCUCCUAUCCCUCCUAAAAAUACGCUGGAUUCUAGAAUCACAAACAAGGCCAAGGGUUUCUCCUUGAUGCUUCGUCUAGCCAAAAUACAAAUGCAUAAUAUUGCUGUAACUCUUUGUUUCCUUGGCUUUGCUUUGCUCACCUUAUUUGUUACUACUGGCGCGCCAAAUACCAUUCGAAGCAGUACAAACUGCACUUCGGAAGGCUGUAACUCCACAUCAUCUUGCACCGGAGCUGGAGACUGUCAAACCAACGCAUCUUGCACUAUUGAAGGCAACAAAAAAACUUGUACGACGAUAGUUAACGCUACCAGUAGCUCAAGAACUCCUCCGUCUCCUUCUCUAUCUCCUCCUACAAAUCCUGCAGACCCACCAAUCGUUGGGGUUGCUCCACAUGUUCAACCUGAUCCUUUUCCUCCAACUUCUCAAUCUCCUCCUACAAAUCAUACAGCCCCACCAAUCAUUGGGGAUGCUCCACAUGGUCCACCUGAUCCCUUUCCUCCAGAGGGAAAGAAGAAGCAGACAGGAUUACCAAUCCGGAUAAUUAUUGCAAUGUUUGCUUUGAUGCUUGGCUUAGGCUUCAUUCUGUUAUUUUUUUCUUGGAGGAAGCAGAACAAAAAUGAAGAUGUUCUCCCCAUUGAUGUGUCCUUUGGUGAUGAAUUUGGGUUGGGACCUAGGGAGUUCUCUUAUGAUGAAUUGUCUAAGGCAACAAAGAAUUUUGCAGAUGAGGAGAAGCUUGGCCAGGGAGGGUUUGGAGCAGUUUAUAAAGGUUUCUUGAGGGAUUCAAAUACUAAUGUUGCUGUUAAAAGAGUUUCAAGGGGGUCCAGACAAGGCAUCAAGGAGUAUGCAUCAGAAAUAAAGAUUAUUAGUCGAUUAAGGCAUAAGAAUUUGGUGAAGCUAGUCGGAUGGUGCCACGAAAAGGAACUCUUACUCGCUUAUGAGUUCAUGCCUAGUGGCAGCCUGGAUUCCCAUCUCUUCAAAGGAAGAAGCUUGUUACCAUGGGAGAUUAGAUACAAAAUCGUGCAAGGCAUAGCGUCAGCAUUAUUGUAUCUACACGAAGAAGGAGAUUUCUAUGUGUUACAUAGGGAUAUAAAAGCAAGCAACAUUAUGUUAGAUUCAGCUUUCAAUCCUAAGCUCGGAGAUUUUGGGUUAGCUAGGCUGGUUGACCAUAAAAAAGAGUCACAAACAACUCUAUUGGCUGGAACCAUAGGCUACAUUGCUCCUGAGUGUCACAUAACAGGUAAGACAGGUAAGGAGUCGGAUGUUUAUAGUUUUGGAGUUGUAGCACUUGAAAUUGCAUGUGGCAGAAAGUCAAUAGAGCCUACAUUUGAGGAGCAACAAGCAUCACUUGUGGCUUGGGUUUGGGAAGCAUAUGGGAACCAAACGCUUCUUGGUGUAGCUGACAAGAAACUCUCUUCAUAUUUUAAUGUGAAAGAGAUGGAGUGUUUGUUGAUUGUUGGGUUAUGGUGUGCGCAUCCUUGUCGUGGCAUGAGACCGUCAAUUAGGCAAGCAAUCCAAGUGCUUAAUUUUGAGGCAGUGCUUCCAAAUCUUCGGAGUAAAAUGCCUAUUCCCAAUUACAAUUAUAAUGAUAACCCUGGCCCUUCCACCAUCAAAAUAAGUGAACCCAGUUCAAUGAGCAUUACCAUCCCUCGCUAAUUUUCGUGCCAAUACUGCUUCAAGUACUUUAGACUAUUUCUGAUUGUCAUUGUUAUAAAACUUAUUUCCUCACUGUUUACCACAAAAUCUUAUAUUGAGUUGUUUGUUUUGUUCUCUAGUUAUGUUAAGAAUGGUUACUAGAUUCCUCACUGUUUACCACAGAAAUAUAUAUUAAUUGUUUUU